UUGGUUUUUAAAGAAUUUAAUUCCAAAUUAGAGUGGAAAAUAAGUAUUUGGUCACCUACAAACAAGCAAGAUUUCUGGCUGUCAAAGAGGUCUAACUUCUUUUAACGAGGCUCCACUCGUUACCUGUAUUAAUGGCACCUGUUUUAAGUCAUUAUCAGUAUAAAAGACACCUGUCCACAACUUCAGUCAGUCACACUCCAAACUCCACUAUGGCCGAGACAAAAUUGUAGACCUGCACCAGGCUGGGAAGACUGAAUCUGUCAUAGGUAAAACGCUUGGUGUAAAGAAAUCAACUGUGGGAGCAAUUAUUAGAAAACGGAAGACAUACAAGACCACUGAAAAUCUCCCUCGAUCUGGGGCUCCAUGCAAGCUCUCACCCGGUGGUGUCAAAAUGAUAACAAGAACUGUGAGCAAAAAUACCAGAACCAUACGGGGGGAUCUAGUGAAUGACCUACAGACAGCUGGGACCACAGUAACAAAGCCUACUAUCAGUAACACAAUGCGCCGCCAGGGACUCAAAUCCUGCACUGCCAGACGUGUCCCCCUGCAGAAGAAAGUACAUGUCCAGGCCCGUCUGCGGUUCGCUAGAGAGCAUUUGGAUGAUCCAGAAGAGGACUAGGGAGAAUGUGUUAUGGUCAGAUGAAACCAAAAUAGAACUUUUUGGUAGAAACACAGGUUUUCGUGUGUGGAGGAGAAAGAAUACUGAAUUGCAUCUGAGGAACACCAUAUCCACUGUGAAGCAUUGGGGUGGAAACAUCAUGCUUUAGUGCGGUUUUUCUGCAAAGGAACCAGGAAGGCUGAUCUGUGUAAAGGAAAGAAUGAAUGGGGCCAUGUAUCGAGAGAUUUUGAGUGAAAAUCUCCUUCCGUCAGCAAGGGCAUUGAAGAUGAGACGUGGCUGGGUCUUUCAGCAUGACAAUGAUCCCAAACACACAGCCAGGACAACAAAGGAGAGGCUUCGUAAGAAGCAUUUCAAAGUCCUGGAGUGGCCUAGCCAGUCUCCAGAUCUCAACCCCAUAGAAAAUCUGUGGGAGUUGAAAGUCCGUGUUGCCCAACGACAGCCCCAAAACAUCACUGCUCUAGAGGAGAUCUGCAUGGAGGAAUGGGCCAAAAUACCAGCUACAGUGUGUGAAAAGCUUGUGAAGAGUUACAGAAAACGUUUGGCCUCCGUUAUUGCCAACAAAGUGUACAUAACAAAGUAUUGAGAUGAACUUUUGGUAUUGAUCAAAUUCUUUAAAAAUCAAACUGUGAUUUUCUGGGGUUUUUCCACGUUCUGUCUCUCAUGGUUGAGGUUUACCCAUGUUGACAAUUACAGGCCUCUCUAAUAUUUUCAAGUGGGAGAGCUUGCACAAUUAGUGGUUGACCAAAUACUUGUUUGCCGCACUGUAUGUGUUUUCUGCUGUUAAUGUUAAACUGUGAGAAAUGUAGUGAACCAAGGUUUACCCCUUUCUCCCCAAUUUUCAUUUUUAUUUUAUUUAUGUGGUCUUAAAGCGCCCCAAAGGAGCUUUCAUUUUUUUUGUUGAGUUUGGCUGUGCAUGUGGACAAAAGCAGUAAUGUUUUACCUGAAGGAAGACUCCAUUUUUAUCUAUUUUUAUUCCCUGACUAAGAAGUUUUUUUCAGUUAUAUUUAAUUUUUUAAUUUAGACAAUGUUGAGUGGUCUUAAAUGUUUAUUUUUUGCAUUCAUGGAUAGUUUAGACUAGAGAUUAUUAAGUUUGUAUUUGUUAUGUAUUUUAAUACAAUUUAAGUUACAGUAUGUUCAAAUAUUGCAAUUUAAAUUGAUAAUAAAAUUCAGACAUUUAUUCUGGAAGUUUUCAAAAAUGUUUCUUUAGUAGUUUUUGAAAACAAAGGUUUGAAUCAAACGGUUUAUCACCUGAACCAAUGCAUAUGAAAGUUAGUAUAAGUCAAGUCAUAUUUAUUUUGCAUUGAUCAUUUAGCCUAUCAAUUAAUUAGGUUCAUAUUUGUGAGAAAUGUAGCCUUGAUGCCCGUUCACAAUUAGAAAUUGACCCAAAAUUAACUUACAUGCAGGUUAUGCUGUUAUAUAAUUAGAAAUUAACCCAAAAUCAACUGCUACAACCAUUAGAAGUAUUAUUGGUACUAUGACUACUCUUACAAUAGAAUAGCACAAGCAUUUAUAUUCCUAGUAAAAUAAAUAACUACAAAAAAAAAAAAAAAAAAAAAUGCAUAUCAAGUUACGAUACCAAUAUGAGUAUUAGUGGAACUGCUACUACAGCUAUAGUAUACUGCAACUGACAUUUACAAUUUGAACUAUAGGAAAUAAAUUAAUAAUCAUAAUAUUCCAUCUAAGAAUGCAACUCAAUAAUCCUACAUUUCACUAUUUCUUCUACUAUCACUACGACCAUAAUAAUAUGAGGCUACAAGGCCAAUUACUCCAAUUGUACAAGGUAAUAAUAUUAGAGUGAUGCAAUUAGUAGUAUGAAUGUGUUUUGCGUGUAAAAAGCUCCAAGGUGGUCAUCAGGUUGAAAGUGUUUGACAAGUUGGCUGAACUUUGCUGUUAUUAGACAGCAAUCAGCCUAUUAACGCCUCAUCCGCAGACGUACACACACGACACAUGCAAUAUAGUGUGUAGUUCUAAAGGGUCAGGUUCAAUCAGGGAAUGGGCAAAAUAUCGUUUGUGACAGUCGGACCAAUCUGGGCGACUAAUUACCCAAAUGGACAGGAGCUGUCAGGAGACAAUAACUAUCCCCCCUAAUACAAUUUGCCCCCCAAGUGCAAUUUCAUUUUCUCCAGCUCGGAGGCUCGCCUGCCUGCCUGCUUGCCUUUCUCCCUCUCUCCGUUUCGGUUCUGCUCCUUCUUGCGUCUCUCCCGACUUCCAAGCUCCGCCGCGACCGACCGAGGAUGCUGCCGCAAGCAAGCCGGCCGAGGCGCUCUUUUCCCGGCUGGGAUACGCGGAAGUGGAGGCCCGACGCGGCCGGCCCCGGGGUUCCCAUGAGGGCCACCCCCACUGCAGUGAGCUAUUUCUGGGCUCCGUCAGUUUGCUGUCCGCCUCCUCCUCCUCGCUUGAAUGCUCAAAGGAGGAUGUUGGAGGAAGGCGGGGCGAAUUCAGAGGCGCGUUCUCAUUGGCUGUCCCUCAUCCUGCGCCUGGAUGACGUCACUCCCACCGCCCCUGCAGGACUCGGCAGCUCGUCUUGAUCUCGGCCCGGCCCAGCACAAGCGCGGACGCCAGCAUCCUACAGCAACAGCAGCCCUCGUUGGAACUACGCGCGAGAGAGGCUCGCAUCACCAGCACAACUAUUUUGUUUCCUUUUUUCACCCCCCUCUUUUUUUUUUUUUUUUUUUUUUUUUUGGUGGAGAGGGGGGCCCACAAGUGUUGCGGGUGUAUGUGCGCUCGCGUGCCGGAUCACGAUGAUGCAAAGUGCGGCGGUCCUUCCCACAGAGAGUCCCGUUAAGAGUUUACCGGACAUCCUGGGAGUGCCACUGCAGCAAAUCCCUCAGUGUGCGGGUUGCAGUCAGCACAUAGUGGACAAGUUCAUCCUGAAGGUCCUGGACAGACACUGGCACUCCAAGUGUCUCAAGUGCGCCGACUGCCACUCGCCACUGGCUGACAAGUGCUUUUCCAGGGCCGGCAGCGUCUACUGCAAGGAGGAUUUCUUCAAGCGCUUCGGAACAAAAUGCGCGUCAUGCCAACAGGGGAUCCCUCCCACGCAGGUGGUGAGGAAGGCGCAGGACUUUGUGUAUCACCUGCACUGCUUUGCCUGCAUCAUGUGCAGCAGGCAGCUGGCCACCGGGGAUGAGUUCUACCUCAUGGAGGAUGGCAGGCUGGUGUGCAAGGUGGACUAUGAGACGGCCAAGCAGAACGAUGAUUCUGAGGCAGGGACCAAGCGACCGAGGACCACCAUCACGGCCAAGCAGUUGGAGACCCUCAAAAGUGCCUACAAGAAUUCCCCUAAGCCAGCACGACAUGUCAGAGAGCAACUUUCCUCCGAGACGGGCCUUGACAUGAGAGUCGUGCAGGUUUGGUUCCAGAACCGCCGAGCGAAGGAAAAGCGUUUAAAAAAAGAUGCGGGUCGCCAUCGCUGGACUCAGUUUUACAAAAGUGUUAAACGCAGCCGAGGAGGAUCCAAAGUGGAGAAAGAGAGCUCAGCGGAUGACGCGGGAAUAAGUGACAGCGAGUUGAGCUUUCGAGAUGACCAGGUUCUCUCUGACCUUGGCCAUGCCAACGGUUUGUAUGGUAGCGUUAGCGACAUGACGAGUGGCGCGGCGCUAAACGGCAGUUUUUCGGUGGACGCGGCUGCCCAAGCGUACCACGACAUCCGCGCCGGUAGCCCCUACGGCCUCCCGCAGUCGCCCUCCUCCAUCACCUCCCUCCCCGGCCACACCCCGCUCCUCAACAACCUGGCAUUCACCAUGGACGCUCUGGGGGUGCCGGGCGGGCCGGGCGGCGUGGGCCAGGCUCUGAGGGCUAUGGCGGGCGGGCCUACCUCAGAUCUCUCCACAGGCAGCAGCACGGGGUACCCUGACUUCCCCACCAGCCCUGCGUCCUGGCUGGACGAGAUGGACCAAUCCCAAUUCUGAGGCCCAACCGAGCAGCGGACAUUUUGUUUCUCGCACAUUGGUCACCGUGGAAACUGUUUCAGCAUUUAUUCAAGAUCCUUGGCAGCCACUCUUGGUCCACACGAGUAAGACGCAUCUAAUUAAAGAAUUAAACGUUACUCGUAAACAAUUAUGCUGCAUUAGUAACACUGCUAGGUUCUUCCGUUGCUUUGUUAUCAUUGAUAUCAUUACAGGACAACCACGUGUUACUAUUGUAGAAAGGCAAAUUUGCGCUUUAGUUGACACUUUGUACUACAAGUACUACUGUUGAUAUAUAAUUGUACUAGUUACUGCAACUCAUUCUCUGUCAGUUGAUUUUAGAGCAGCCGAUGUGCCGCCAUGUGUGAGCCAUUUCAUGGAAGCCAGACAAUUGGGUGAAAAAUUGAGUUUCUCCUAUUUCCAACAAAUAGGAAGUCUAUUGCUGUCAAUCGCAACCAAUGACUUCAAGUGGCUAUCAAGGAUAUGGAAUAAAGACUCAAACAGCUUUCCAUAUCCAACUCUACACUGCAACAUCAAAACUCUCUCAUUGUGAAGAAACCGCAACAUCAAGGCUCAGUGGAGAGCGUCAAUUGAGAGGCCGCCCCGCAUGCUUCAGGUGGACCGUCCGGACGGAGCCUUUUCUAUGCACUUUACUCUCCUCGCCACUACCUGCACAUGAAGAAAAGCAGAUUCGGAGAGGCGAAGGGUACGCACAAGGCCGAAACAAGUGUCACAUCGAGGGAGUAUUUUACAAGCGCCGUGGCACAAGUGUUUCUUUUCAAAAACCCACGUGGACGUUUUUUUCUACAGGGGGGAGCUCGACGUGGGAUGUUUUCACACUUGUGUAUCUGUGGGUGCUUGAAUUGUUCUCGUCUGCGUAACGCCGUCUUGACAUGAAACAGUAUAAUGAUGGGGAAUUUGAAAAUGACCAGAAAAGAUGUAUUUAAUUUAUUUAAAGAUACAACAAUUUUUUUUUUUACAAAUCCAAAACGUUCAUACGGUCUGAUGUAUUUAGCAGAGUUAUUGUUGAAAAUGAAUGAUUAAUAAUUGAGUCAGUGUUAUUAUUAUUUUUAAACAUUUUCCUUACAUUACAGUGUUACAUUUGCUAUAGUCAGAGUGUGCGGAGGUACAGUGGAUAUAAAAAGUCUACACACCCCUGUUAAAAUGCCAGGUUUUGCUGAUCUAUGUUAAAAAAAAUACAACUUAACUAAAUAUGCACCUUUUUUUUCAAUUAGGUGUACAAAUUAGAGGAAUUAAAAAGAAAAAAUACUGGCUUUAAAUAAGAUUGUGCAGAUUGUUUAUUAGGGGUGUAAAUGACCAAUUUCAUGACGAUAACAUACGAUAAUGAUUCUUUUAACAAUAUUUGCCGACAUCUCAGUCACAAUUUGAUUAGAUUCAAUGCCCGCUGAUUUAUUUGAUAAAAUACAAUUUUUGCAUUUAAAGGGAACCUCGGACUUAAAGACUUGUAGGCUCUAAUAAGGCAAAAUUGUUCUCUUACUAAAAUAUGUUAUUAUAAAUACAUACAAUAUUUCCAUUGAUUUAAAAAUCUAUAAUGUUUAGUACAUGUUUUGACCUACAGAGGGCGCCAUGUUUUAUGGACGCUCGGGGUAAUGAUGCACAUUGUCACUGUCACUUGACGAAUACUACCAGGUUACUCCAAUUCCUUCUAUGCGGCGAGACUUCCAACACAUGCGCUCAUCGGUUAAAAGCGGCUAGUACUUACUAUUUGCGUUUUUAUUGAGUGUUUUAUUACCUUUUCAUUGCCUCGGAAUACUUUUUGCGUGUGUUUCCCUCUCAUACUUUUAAGCAUUUUGUUUUCUUGAGGUAGCGUUAAAGCAGUUUGUUGAUCUGUUGACCACAUUAGCAUAUUUAAACCAUCCUUAUUUGAUAUUGCUAUGUUUAAGUAUUUUCUUAAGGCAUCUUUAGUACGUUCUGUCUGUACGUAUCUAACAAAACAAGCUGAAAGCGCACGUUAGUACUUUGGGUGUCAAAUUUGCCUCUUGUAGACAUUUCGCCGGUGUAGCACAUAUUGGCGGAACACCGCUUUUAUUUCCCUACUCUCGUCUCAUCCCGUCUUUCCUAUUCAUUUUGCUUUUCCCGCUCGUUUUGUGAAAUAUCAACAGUGCUGUCAUGCUCCUUAAUGUUCCUCUCGGGUUUGAAAGAACUGAACAGAUGACAUGUUUAUGUCGCUAGAGUCAUACUCCGGAAUCUCUGCAUCGUAACCAUGUGAUGUUACCGCCCUGUGACAUCGACAACAAAGGCGACCUAAUAGUUAAGUAAAAGCGAAAACAUCAAGAGGGGUUUCAAUAUCAAAUUACUUUAACUCAUAAUAACCUUUAUCUUUUCACAACUACAAGUCUUUCUAUCCAUGGAUCCCUUUAACACAGCAAGUUACAUUUCAUCUAAAUCAAUAACAAAUACAAAGAAAUUUUGCCAUUUUUAACAGUUUUAUAGUUGCAACAUUUCCGAUAUUUGAAUGAAAAACAUUCUUUUUCACAAACGGCAUAUCUACAAUAUGACAAGAUUGACUGAUUUUUGGGGGUUUUGAUCAAUUUGAUUGGACUGUUGUUUACCCAAUUGAUCCCGAAGGACGUGUUGUUAUUAGAGGUGUAUAUCACUAAUUUUAUGACUUAAUGUUUGCCAGUAUUACAGUCUGCCACGAUUUGAUUCAAUUUGAUCCUGGGGCCUUUACAUUGAGUUCCAUUCCACUUGAAGCAAUGAAAAAAUACCAACAAAUUUUGUUCUUUUUGACAAUUUUGUUGCUGAAACAAAUCACACAUUUGACUGAAAAUUAUUCUUUAUCACAAAACAACAUAUCUAAUUUAUAUUAAUCGAUGUUUAGCAUUUUAAGAAAGUGAUACAGUGAUCCCUCGCUACUUUGUGCUUCAAACUUCACGCCCUCAGUCCAGCACAGACCCCCCCC